GGAAUUGUGUCAACGGCCAUUUCAAUUCUGAAUUCCAAGGAAGCAGCCUUUCCAUUUUCUUCAGGUUGGCAAGAAAAAUGCUACAAGAAACCAAGAAUCUUCUAAUAAUAUAGUAUGAAAAAACUAGCAGAAAAUUUAACCGUAAAAUACACUGGUUCUUUUGUCAUUUUUAGAUCAACCUACAUUUUUCAGCCUUGGUAAUUUAAAUGCUACCAUUGUUUGAGAAAUUUUUGGAUUGGUUGCCCUUAUUUCAUAAGUUUCUUGGCCUGUUUCCUUAAUACCACAUUGUUAUAAUUUGAUCAUAUCCAGUUUUUUCUUACCAGAAAGGCGGUUUCUUGUUCAGAUAAAAAAAUGGGCUGGUGCUGAGUUUCUAUUGGAUUCAUUGCAAUCUAAUAGAAAUCAGCAUUUCGCUUUUUCAAGGUGCAAAUCCAACUCAUGAAUAACUAACAAUUUUCCCUAUUUUUGAUGUUAGGAUGGAUCAAUUCAGGCAGAUUGGUGAGGUAGUAGGGAGCCUAAAGGCUCUAAUGGUAUUGAAACAUGACAUUCAAAUAAAUCAGAAACAAUGUUGUCUUCUAUUUGACAUGUAUGUACAAGCUUUCGAUACAAUAUCCGAGGGGAUUAAGCAUAAUUUAAGGUUAAAUGAGAGGAAUACAAAGUGGAAAGCACUUGAGCAUCCAAUGAGAGAACUUCAUAGGAUCUUUAAGGAAGGCGAAAUGAACAUAAAAAGUUGUUUGGAUGUGAAAGAUUGGUGGGGGAAAGCCAUAAGUUUACAUCUCAACAAGGAUUGUAUUGAGUUUCAUAUUCAUAACUUGCUCUGUUGUUUCCCUGUUGUGAUUGAGGCUAUUGAGACAGCUGCAGAAAUCUCAGGAUUCGACGAGGAAGAUAUGCAGAAGAGGAGAACUGCACUCGCCAAGAAGUACGAGGGUGAAAUGUGUGAUCCGAGGUUUUUUCAGUGGAUGUUUGGGAAACAAUACUUAGUCACUAGAGAGAUAUGCAGUGAAUUGGAUAGUUCUUGGAAAGAAGAUAAAUGGUAUCUUCUUGAAAUGAUAAGGCAAAAGAAAACAGAAAAUUUGGCGAUGAACGAGCAAAGGCUGGCAGAUUUGAUGCUCAAGAAACUAAAUGGAUCAGAAAAACUCAACAAAAUAAUGCUCUUGCCUAGUUCAAUCUUGAUUGGAGCAAGCGACUAUCAUGUGAAAAGGCGUCUAGGAUCGUGGGGAGGACAUGUUAAGGAGAUUAAUUGGUUAGGAGAAACUUUUGCUUUGAGGAAUUUUUUUGGAGAGCUAAUUGAACCACUAGUCGAUGAAAUUUCUCUGGUGUUAUCGCUUUCUCACCCCAACAUUCUGCAAUAUCACUGUGGUUUUUAUGAUGAAGAAAGGAAAGAAGGGUACCUUGUUAUGGAGCUGAUGAACAAAAGUUUAGCCACUUAUAUAAAAGAGCAUUCCGGCCAAAGGAAGAGAGGACCAUUUCCUAUCCCGGUUGCAGUUGAUAUUAUGCUUCAGAUUGCGAGAGGAAUGGAGUAUUUGCACUCGAGAAAGAUCUAUCACGGAGAGCUGAAUCCAUCUAACGUGCUCCUCAAACCAAGAAAUUCCUCCGCGGAGAGUUAUUUUCAUGCAAAAGUCAAAGGCUUCGGGUUAACCUCUAUUAAGAGUAAUUACAAAGCGGCCAAUUCCAAUGCUGCUGAUUCUUUCAUAUGGCAUGCACCAGAAGUUUUGGCUGAACAAGAAAAGUCGGAAAGCAAAUGCACUUACAAGUACACAGAGAAAGCUGAUGUUUAUAGCUAUGGGAUGGUAUGCUUUCAGCUUUUAACGGGGAAAGCUCCAUUCGAUGAACAUCUGCAAGGGGAGAAAAUGGCGCGAAAUAUUAGAACAGGAGAGAGACCUCUCUUUCCAUAUCCCUCACCUAAAUAUCUCGCAAAUUUGACCAGAAAAUGCUGGCAAACGAAUCCAAAUCUUCGUCCUAGUUUCUCUUCUCUAUGCAGAAUCUUGCAUUAUAUCAAGAAAGUCCUUGUCAUAAAUCCAGAACAUGGCCAACCUGAAUGUCCUCCUCCACUCGUAGACUAUUGUGAAAUCGAGGCUAGCUACUCAAAGAAAUUCCCGGGAGAGGAUAGCACUAGUUUGGCCCCGGUGUCACAAAUUCCUUUCCAGAUGUUCGCUUAUAGACUUGUUGAAAAAGAGAAAAUUUCUGGAAACUCCAAAGAGAAGCACUGGGAUUCAUCACAUUAUGGUUUUUCGGGCCGCAGGACAGCAUCAAUGCAGAGUGAUGAUGAGCAUAUGGCUACAAUAGAUGAUCUCUUUUUCGCUCCAAGUGAUCGAAGGUCAGUUUGCUCUGAGAUAAUAGAGAGGAAAGAUUCAAGAUUCUUGGAUCAGAGGUCAGUCAUCUCUGAGACACCACUUAGAAAAGUUUUCUCGUUCGAUCAAAUGUCAAUUUGCUCUGAGAGUCCAGGAGAGAAAUUUUUAAUGGCAGUAGCUAAUGAAAAGACGAUUUUUGCUGAUAUUCCCGAAAGGAAAGCAAUACUAACACCAUCAGGCGAUCAGUGCUCACCGCGGACUGAUACAUCCGAGAGAACUAUUUUAUCAAUGAGAAAGAACCAAAAGCUGAAGUUUUUAGAAAACCAGGAGAAUGCUAUGUCUCCUAAGACAGGUGACAGAAAACUUUCAUCGAGUGUAGCAGCCGAGCAGAAAUUAGCGUCUCCUGGGAUUUCAGAGAAGAAAAAUUCAUCAGGCGAUCAGAUAAGUACUAGUUCUGAGAUUCAAGAAAAGGAACACACUUCAGUUGAUCAGAAAUUAAUGAUUUCUGCAAUUCCAGAGGAGAAAAAUUCAUCUGAUGAUCAGGAACUAAAAUGUAACGAAAUUCCAGAAAAGAAGCAGUCAUCAACAGCUAAUGUCAAGCCCGUUCGUGGUGAUUCUACACAAAGGAAAACUCUGUCGAGAAGAACGAAACCCAAGAAUCCAGAGAAGAAAGUGUUAUCAAGUCCAGAAGCCAAUCAAAGCUCAAUGUCAUCUGAGAAUUCUGAGACAACUGCAUCCAAACCAAGAAAUUCAAAGGUAUCAGUAAAGAAAGCUACACUGCACAAAAAACUACAGGACAGAGAGAGUAGCACUGCACCAGAGAAACUGAUGGACUCGUCGCCAAGAUCUUCACCAGCUAGAGUCAAGAAAAUACAAUCAUCAACAAUGUCUUCUCCAACACAAACACCAAAAACUUCUUCAUUUCCAAGAUCACCAGCAAUCACCUCAAAUGGAAAUGGAUAUGGAUAUCAGUCCCCAAGUGCAUCACCACUAAAUCCAUGUUCGCGCUGCGCCAGAGUAAACCGAGAGUGCCAUUUUCCCUCUGCUAUGAGCCCACAUAGACCAAAGAAACCUCAUAGCAACAGCCAAUGAGUUCACAACAGUUGACAAUGUUUCAUAUGGUUUUCAAUUUAAAUUUGACUAGACAACUUUGCAGCUCAAAAUUUUGAUGCAAAGGAUGGA